AUGGACAAGGAAUGUCCGCAUUGUCAUGCUCUGAAAUUCAAAAAUGAGCCAGCUGGGGUGUGUUGCGCGUCAGGAAAAGUGCAACUACCUGAAAUUGAAACACCACCUGAACCAUUGAACGGCUUACUUAUCGGCACGGAUCCAGAUUCUAACGUGUUCCUGAAGUCAAUCCGAAGAUUCAAUUCAUGCUUUCAAAUGACAUGGUUCGGAGCAACAGAAAUAGUUCGAAAUACUAAUGCAAAUGGUCAACAAUUCAAUUCUACAUUCAAAAUCAGAGGCCAAGUUUAUCAUAAAAUGGGCUCACUGCUGCCAAUGCCAAACGAACCACAUAAAUUCUUACAAAUCUACUUUAUGGGCGGCGAGGAUUCCGGAAGCGCACUUGCCAAUCGCGUGAAUGCACGUUGUGAUUAUAAUAACCUUGAUUCACUUUAUGCCAGGCGCAUCGUCAGCGAGCUAGAUGCUCUUUUGAACGAGCACAACGAGUUGUUGAAAAUAUUCAAAUCACAUAUGCACCAAUUACAAAGCGAUAAUCACGCUAUCGUCAUUAAUCCUGAUAAAACACCAGCUGGAGAGCAUAUUCGUAGAUUCAAUGCACCCGUUGUUGAUGAUUUUGCUGGAAUCACGGUUGGCGAUUGUACAGCUGCACGAGAAAUUGUGAUUCGUAGAAGAAAUAAUAAUCUUCAGUUCAUUGCUGACACACAUCGUUCAUAUGACGCUCUCCAAUAUCCGCUAAUAUUCUGGAAGGGACAAGACGGAUAUUGCAUAAACAUAAAACAACGAGAUCUCGUAUCAGGAGCUGAAACAAACAAGAACGUUAGCUCAAAGGAUUAUUAUGCGUACCGAUUAAUGAUUAGACGUGGCCUGGACUACGUCAUUUUACGAUGUCGUGAGCUUUGUCAACAAUUCAUGGUUGACAUGUACGCGAAGAUUGAGAGCGAACGACUACGAUACUUACGAUAUAAUCAACAAAAGCUGCGCGCGGAAGAGUACAUUCAUUUGCGAGACGCUAUCAACAACAACGCCGACGUCGCCGAAAUUGAGAUUACAUCUUUGCUACUGCCUGGCCAAAAUGCAAUACAUCGCCAUGACAUUACAGCACGUGUGUUCAGACAAAAGUUGAAGACUUUAAUAAGUUUCAUUACUAAAUCACAUGUAUUUGGUCCCACACGUUGCUGGAUGUAUUCGGUUGAGUGGCAAAAGCGAGGAUUACCUCAUGCACACAUUUUGGUUUGGUUCAUCGACAAAAUCCGUCCUGAAGAAAUCGAUAGUAUCAUUUCUGCAGAAAUUCCAGAUCCAUCCACUGACCAACUGCUGUUUGAUAUUGUUACAACAAACAUGAUUCAUGGUCCAUGUGGUACUCUUAAUAGUUCAUCGCCUUGCAUGGCUGAUGGAAAAUGUACUAAAAAUUUCCCUAAAGAUUUUACCAAUGAUACGGUCACAAAUGUCGACGGAUACCCAAUAUAUCGUCGAAGAAAUCCUGAAAAUGGCGGACAAUCAUUUAUUAAAAAUAUCAUCAACACAGACAUUGAUAUUGACAAUCGUUGGGUGGUGCCAUAUUCGCCUCUGCUGAGCAAGACAUAUAAUGGUCAUAUUAAUGUUGAGUUCUGCAGUUCUGUGAAGAGCAUCAAAUACAUUUGCAAGUAUGUCCAUAAAGGCAGUGAUAUGGCUGUGUUGAGAGUGGAAAAUACUAAUGUGAAUGCUCCUCCAGUGAAUAAAAACGAUGAAAUAACGCUUUACCAAAUUGGUCGGUACAUCAGCUCCAAUGAAGCUGCUUGGCGUAUCUUUGGUUUUCCAAUUCAUGAACGGGAUCCAGCAGUUGUUCAGUUAGCCAUCCAUCUUGAAAACGGUCAGCGUGUAUUUUUCACGAACGAGACAGCAAUUGAUCGUGCAAUAAAUCCACCUAAAACUACACUCACUGCAUUUUUUGAAUUGUGUAAUCGUGCGGAUGAUUUUGUCAAUCCAAGACACACGGAGUGCUUUUAUUUUCGACUGUUGUUGGUUAAUGUUACUGGCCCAUUAUCAUUUCAAGAUAUACGUAAAGUGAAUGGGCAACAAUAUCCAACGUAUAAAGAUGCAUGCCUUGCACUCGGCUUGCUGGAAGACGACAACCAGUGGGAAUGCAUGCUUGCUGAAGCUGCAUUGAACUGUACAGCAAUACAAAUUCGUCUACUACUCGCUAUAGUGUUGACUACAUGUUUCCCAGCCCGAGCACAGAUAUUAUGGGAAAAUCACAAAGAUUCAAUGACUGAUGAUAUAUUGCAUCAACAUCGUAUACGGUGCCACGAUCUAACCAUAACAUUCAGCGACGAAAUGUACAAUGAAGCAUUGAUUGUUAUUGAGGAUCUUUGCAUUGUCAUUGCCAACUUACCACUUAGUAAUUUCGGUAUGAAUUCGCCAAAUCGAACUGCAUCUGAUUUAAUGAAUACUGAAAUGAAUCGUGAACUGCAGUACAGUACUGUAGAAAUGGCAGCGAUUGUUGCCCGCAAUGUCCCACUAAUGAAUGAGGAACAAAGAACCAUUUAUGAUCGCAUUAUGCUCGCAGUUUCAGCUGGACAAGGUGGGUUCUUCUUUUUGGAUGCACCGGGUGGAACUGGCAAAACAUUCGUUAUUUCGCUAAUUAAUAACAGCUCAUUCAGUAUUUAA